AUGGAAGGGGGGAGUUGCGCCGCUGCUUGGGAGGCUUCGCCCGAGAUUGAGCCUUUCAACAGCAAAAUCCCUGUGUUUCUGGAGCGGACGUUCAGAUUGAUCGAUAACACAUCGGACGACAUCGUGUCAUGGUCGGCUGGGGGGGAUUCGUUCAUCAUCAAACAGAAAGGCAUGCCGAACGUACCAACCAGGUGUCCCCAGUGCCUUUACGAGUGA